CGACAACAUCAUUUCUAAGAAACAUCUCGCCAAAUCAUCAACUCGAUAAGUUCGGAGAUCAUGAUGGGCUGAAGACUGAGAAGACGCGCUUCCGCAUCAGUGGUAUUUGUCAACGCACCUUCCCCUCAGUACCGAAGAACGGUGUCGCGGAUGGUCCCUUUAUCAAGAUACACCUAGCGGAAAGAUAAAAACCGUUUUGAUACAACAAAUGUAUAAAUACGUCGUAAGAUGCUAUCUCCGCGGACGGGACGAAAUAAGCCGGCCAGAACAAGUGAAUAACGCGCGGUUAAAGAUAAUCCACAAGUGUCUACUAAAAAUAAAGAAAAAAACCGUUGGCGUCCCGACCAAAACGUUAUGCGUUUGCCGGUACCGAUCUGUGACGAAACUUCGAACAUGUUCAACCGACUUACGUUCUUCCUGUAUGCCUCCGUCUGGAUCCUUAUCUGCUACGUUGUGAUGAGUGGCGUUUGCAGUGUCGAAUUGUAUCAAAGGUCCUGUGCGCUCUCUUGUAAAGUGCCACAAGCUAGGUCUAUGUUGGUGGCGGAUCUGGUGAACACAACUUUGAAAGUCAGGCCGUAUAUGACGGUGCUUUACAGGUGUGACGAUGGAAGUGGUUGCUGUCAAAAAGACAAGACCUGCCAAGUGAAGGACUUCGAAGAUCUGCAGGUGAGGUUCCCAACUUUCAUCGGCGAAGAGUACGUGUUGAAGACUUACACAAUAAGAAACCACACAGAGUGUUCGUGUCAAAGCAGUAAAAACAACAUAAAGCGAUAACGUCAUCAACGAUCCUAGGACUUCGAAAUUGUUGCUAAUCAGUAUUCAAAAUGAGCAUUUAGGGAGGAGAAGAAACUCAAGGCAGGAAAGAAUCUUGUCCGUUAACAAAAUAGCUUCGAAUCGACUAAAACGAGGAACUGAAAUUUGUAUGACGAUAUUCCUUAAACUGAGGAACUCACGAGGCUAGCUGUGACGAAACAUUGUUUUAAUAAUUGUGUAUGUUGUGGAUCAAAUAUUUGUGCAAUGGAGAAAUAUAUGUUUUUUAAUAAAA